AAUGAAGAAAAACUGUGAAGCACACAAGUGAGCAUGUGAACUAGAGCCACCCAGUUGGUCCUCUAAUCGGAUUAUGUUGCGAAUUCCAACCUCCGAAAACUCAUCCUCCAUGCCCACCCUACCCCACCUCCUUUGUCAUCAUCUCCCUUGUUUAUUUUCCUAAUUAUUUUUUACCUCUACAAAUGUCUUUAUUUUCAGCUCAUUCUCUUUUUCUUCAUUACUACACUUGCUAGUUCCUCGCAUAUACACCUCCUUACUGCUUUCUCAAGGUUGAAGCACAAACUCAACAUCUACUAGUAUGGAGGUCACUAAUGUUACCGAGUAUGACGCCAUUGCAAAGGAAAAAUUGCCAAAGAUGGUGUACGACUACUAUGCAUCAGGCGCAGAGGACCAGUGGACUCUGCAAGAGAAUAGAAAUGCUUUUGCAAGAAUUCUAUUCCGACCUCGUAUUCUAAUUGAUGUCACCAAAAUAGACAUGACUACUACUGUGUUAGGAUUCAAGAUAUCUAUGCCAAUCAUGAUUGCCCCAACAGCCAUGCAGAAAAUGGCUCAUCCUGAAGGAGAGUAUGCAACUGCAAGAGCUGCAUCCUCAGCUGGGACAAUUAUGACAUUGUCUUCUUGGGCCACAUCUAGUGUGGAAGAGGUUGCUUCUACUGGACCUGGCAUCCGGUUUUUCCAGCUUUAUGUCUACAAGGACAGAAAUGUUGUUGCUCAGCUUGUGAGAAGAGCCGAGAGAGCUGGCUUUAAGGCUAUAGCUCUUACAGUUGAUACCCCAAGGCUAGGACGAAGAGAGGCUGAUAUCAAGAACAGAUUUACCUUGCCACCAUAUUUGACAUUGAAGAACUUCGAGGGCUUGGACCUCGGAAAGAUGGAUGAAGCUAAUGACUCCGGUUUGGCUUCAUAUGUUGCUGGUCAGAUUGACCGCUCCCUCAGCUGGAAGGACGUGAAGUGGCUUCAGACUAUCACCAAGAUGCCGAUCCUAGUGAAGGGAGUAAUCACUGCUGAAGACACGAGGUUGGCCAUACAAGCUGGAGCAGCAGGUAUCAUUGUAUCUAACCAUGGUGCUCGCCAACUUGAUUAUGUCCCUGCCACUAUAAUGGCUCUGGAAGAGGUAGUGAAGGCUGCACAAGGCCGCGUACCAGUUUUCUUGGACGGGGGAGUCCGUCGUGGAACAGAUGUCUUUAAAGCAUUAGCACUCGGAGCCUCUGGAAUUUUUAUUGGACGACCUGUUGUCUUCUCCUUAGCUGCUGAAGGAGAAGCCGGGGUCAAAAAAGUACUCCAGAUGCUACGCGAGGAAUUUGAGCUAACUAUGGCGCUAAGUGGAUGUCGCUCCAUCAGUGAAAUCACUCGUAACCACAUUAGCACCGACUGGGAUGCUCCUCGUGCUCAAUUUGCACCAAGAUUAUAAACAAGUACUCGUGGCGUGCACAAAUAAUUGCAUUUCUUGCAGCAGCAGCGCGAUGAUAGUAUUACGCAGUGUUCAAGAGCCUGCAGCUUUCCUGACAGAAGGUUUUAUUUCAAAUCUUUGUGUAUGUUGAAAGUGUUAUCGUCAAAAGGACUUGUAAGGAUAUAAUUAUCAGUUGAUGGCUACUGAAUCUGCCAACUUCAUUGUAUACCCAACAUAUAUUCGAAAAAAUCUUCAUAUUACUGUACUGGGAAUGGAUUAUUCUUGGCUUUAUAACAA